AUGAAAUUAUCUCAUUUUGUUUACAAACGAAGGAUUUUUAAGAGUUACAAGACCUCGACGAUGCUUGCCAGCAUAUUCCUUUAUCUUGGAAUUGGUGCUUUCAUUAGCAGAGGUAAGCACAUUAUGUAGAUAAUGAAGUAAAUCACAUCGCUUUCCAUAGCAUCUGCAAAGAAAUAGUUUACGCAAUGUAUUAGAUAGAAUGAACUCAUUCAUUCGCGGGUCUUACGAUGUACACGUUGCAUGCUACGAAAUGCUUCGUGCCAUGGAAAAAAUAUUGAAUAAUGUAAUUAUUGAGAAAUAUCGCCUUUUGUGCAUUCAGCUUCAUUGAUUCUAUUUUUUUAACCUUUCAGCUUCUGAUACAGCAAAUGUUUGGCAGAAGUCAAGGAUCUUACUUAUUGCAGACCUUGGCUCUUCGAUGAUUGAUGCUGAAAAGUUGCAAACAUCUUUCCUGGGAGCAGAUCAAGCCAAUUUAGGGAAUGAAUUUGUUAUCCUUCAACGAGCACGAGAUGGCGGCUUUGAAUCUCACGGCUUAUUUCAGACAUUGACAAGUGUACAAGAUCGGUAAAAUCAUUCGCUUUGUUUAAUUCUUGUUGUUUUAAGGAGGUGUUUUGUUAUUAUAUAAGACUUCUUUGAGACUCAAGCAGCGAAUAAUUGCCAUUGUCUCCGAGCUUGAAUAGUUGAGGUACAUUUUCGCGGUCUGAUAUGUUAGAUCGCUCAAGCAUCAAAAUUUUCUCGUGUAAAGGACCUGAAUGCAUCUGAAACUGUCAAAAAUUUUAUUAAGCCAGUCUUUUUCCGGCGGCACGUAAUUAGGUUUGGCCCCUCUUGAAACCCUUCGCCUCAACUGUCGCGACAAUUUUCGCUAAAAACAUUGAAGCAACGCCAAAGUGUUUUAUUUUUUCCAGCUUACGAAAAAAUGCUCUUAAUUGUGAGAGUCACCUAUAUUGUAUAUUCUUAUGCGGACUUUGCUCCGAUAUUUGGUUCGCGCUCACACUGGAAACAAAUUGCUAUAUUUGAAUUCCGCUAGUUAUUUUGCCACGCGACAAAAUUGAUAUGCUUUGUUCUCAUUUCAGAAUGAUAGUCCGUCUUGAGUUUUGAUAAAUUAUUUAAAAGAAUAAUGUGAAUAAUUUAGAUGCGUAAGACACUACCACUACGGUGAGAAGUUUUUGUUUUGGGUAAAAAUAUUCGUUCCUUCAGCUGUGUGGGUUUACUUAGUGUGAUCUGAUCGCGACCAUGAUGUUCGUUGAUAUUUAUUCUUCGGAGAGUUUCUUUGCGUUUUUUAUUCGCUACAGAACAUCUCUUUAGUCCAAAACUGCUUUUGAUGGUCUAGGGAAAGUAGUUUGAUGAACGAGUCUUUUCUUUUAAAUAAUUGAUGAGGCUAGGAGAGGAUGUUUAACGUGUUAGGGUGGGUUUUGUACUUUGGCGAUCAUCAAAGGUCACAUCCUGUUAGCUGUGACAAUAGAUUAUGACUAAAACACUGAUAAUAGGCUCUGCUGAGCCUCAAAUGCUCCCCGCUGGGGCAUUCCCAGGGCUAAGGAAAUUUUUCAUGAGAGAAAGGGAUUUUUUAAAGUUUCUCUCAAGAGAGUCAUUAUGCUGGCUUGGAUAAUGCCUCUGAAGCCAUCACCACAUUAAAAAUACCCUUGAGCUGUAUGGGAGCUUAUCAUUGCCCUCUUUUAUGUUAAAUCGUGAUGUUUCUUGUGCUAUCAGCUCCAGCCGCAGUUGCUCAUUAGGUUCCCUGAACCCUAAUCCAGUGCAUGUUGUCUGUGUUGUAGGUUUUUGUCCAUAUCUUCUAUCAGUACCAAAAUUUUAUUUUGUAUUCCUAGACUUUCCAUCUAAUCACACAGUUUAAUUUUCCAGUAAUAUAUGACAUUUCUCAUCAUUUCCCAGCAAUUCACCUCAAUAAUGAUGGGUUUGUCAACAUCAUUUUGAAAAACUUUUUAAUAUCAUUACAGGAAAUACAUUUCCAUUAGAAAAGAAAACUUUCUUCCAUGGCUGUUAGAGAAGAAGCCAAAUUUUUUGAUAUGUGUGGCGGUCACUACAGAGGUUCCACAGAUAUUGACUGUAGCACAGAACAGAGGUAUGAUACAGGAAACAAUAUUUGUCUUAGUUGUUACUGGAAAGAGGCUCUCACACUACAAAGGCAAUACAUUGUUCAAUUCACUCUUUAGUUAUUUUGUCCCACAGUUGCCUGAUAGUAAGUGGCCAUCACACUGAAACUGAUGAUUUGAGCCACUUCAUUUUUUCUCUUCCAUUUCAAGUAUUGUUCAGUGUUUGGAAUAGAACUAAAAGCACAUUGUUAUGAUUAUGAUUGACAGACAAUUUUUGGAAUGGGUAACUAACAAUGUAGGAUUUAAGAUCUUAAUUUCUGAUCUGGCAAAUCACUUAGUGUAUAUUUCUCAUCUGUCAUUUCCCAGCCAACUCUCCCAUUCAUCCAAUACCCAAUUACACCUUGUGCCAUGUCUGAAGGUGAUGACUUUUUUAUCUUUAAGGUUUGUUACCCUUGGAAACCAAACUAAUAAUAAGGAUGGUCAAAGAAAGUGGCAAGGCAGCUGGUGAAAAGGUAGCUUGCUACAUUUUUGUUUUAAUGUUAUAAUACCCUAUCCUGUAUUAUUUACAGAGAAUUCAGAGUCAUAUUAGUGCAAUAUGUCAUCAGUUGGUUAGUUUGAUAGAGAAGAAGGCAUGUAGUGAGGGCUGUUUUACUUAAAACUGAAUUGAAAUGCCAAUCGGGCGAAUAAAUCGGGUAUUAAACUUGAUCGAUCACGAAGUGUAACUGCAUAGUGGCAGUCAUAAAAGAUCAUUCUCUCAAAGAGUGUGAACAUUUCAGUGUACCUAUCGAUUUAUCGAUUUUCUCUGUGGAGUAUUUGCAGACGUGUCGCCUUUCGAGGUCGCUAGGAAGGAAGGAAAAAAAAUUCCGUUCCUCUUCGUUCAGCAAACGUUUGGGCCAAAUUUCAAGGCGCUCUGUCAAUCCCACAAUUUCUAUGAAUUCAUUUGAAGAGGAGACAUCAUGUGGAAAUCGUAUUGCGAGUCUUCGUCUUCCAGAGGUUAAGAAGCAUUUCACGCCCCCUCGAAGAAUUAUGUAAACAUCGCGCUCCCACUGUGAACCGCCAGCCAAUGAUGUAGUUGAACCCCUGACCUUCACAGAAGGCAUGGUGGCGCUUUGCAGGAAAGGAUAGUUUUUCAGUCACGUUUUGUCCAGGUAGCUUUCACGACCACGUUUUUGGUGGGCUAGUAUGCGUAAACCAAGUGAAAAGUAAGGUUGAAGGCUGGGAAAAUUUCCAACACUUGUCACUCUCGACAAGACAUUUUCUUUUUCAGUUAGAAGAUUUAGAAGUUUGCGCCAUUUGGAUCCUCGGUAGAAAACCAAAGUCAGAGCCAGGACCUCUUUCUUUUUUUUCUUUUUUAACGUUUCGUGUUUGCUGAGAACAAAGUGCUACUAAGUUGGAAUAGAAUCUCCCGAAUGAUGCCGUUUGCUUCGAAAUGUUCACUUCUAACGGAGAUUAUGACACCUGGAUAAUUUUGAACUUUUCCACGAAUAUAUUUAUUCUUACAACUAGCCAAAUUAUUAAGAUUUCAACUUACCUUUUUGGAAAAUGUGCGUUUUAGUAAUGAACUUUGAUUAGAUGUAGAUAUUGGUAAAAUAAGCCCCGCGAAGGUUUGAGAGCCUGUAUGCCAUACUCCGACUCCCUCACUUUUGAAGCUUGGUGAUGGUUUCAGUUGAUCACUAAAUUAUAGUUUUGUAAAUUAAUAUGAUAUUAUUUGCGACUAUCAUCGUGUUCAAUUGGAAUAGUUAUAUCAGUCAGUAAAAUUUGUUGUUGCUGGAUUAAGUGUUCCUUGUGUGGGUUAACUGACCCUAAUCCUCGAUCCUUGCUUACUUUUUUCUCGAACUCAUCGAAGUUUUUUUUUUAUCUUUCUCUUUCUAGAAUGUGAUUUCAAUGAAAACACCCAGACCUAAGGACCUCAACUUCAUAGGAAACGAUGGAAAUCGUCUAGAGUCAAGAGAAAUCACUUUCUCUUCUGGAAGAAAAAUUGAAAACAUCAUUCUAGAAGCGUUUCGGGAAGAAUAUAACUGCGUUCAUAAUAGACAGAGAAGGGCAGCACCUUUAAACUUAAGAAAGUCAAUAGCAAGUGCAGCACCUCUAACCUCAGGUCCUGUAGUUUCCCUCAGCGUAACUUCUUCAGCUAUUCCAGCUCCUUCAAGCUCAGGCCCAACAGUUAGUGCAGCAGUUCCAAGUACACGCUCAGUAGUUAAUGCUUCACCUUCAAGCCGAAGUCCUGUCGUCAAUCCGGUAGCCUCAAGCUCCAGUACUGUUGGUAGUGAAGCACUUGCAAGGUCAAGUGCUGUUGUAAGUACGUCGACUUUAAGCUCGACCCCAGUGACUGGUGAAGUGUCUUCAAGCUCAACUGCUCUGGUUAGAACGGUGCUAUCAAGCUCAAGCCCUAUGACUAGUACGGUGCCUUUAGGCUCAUCCCCAGUGGCUAGUACGUUGCUUUCAAUGUCAGCCCCUACAAUAAGUGUGGUGCUUUCAAGCUCAACCCCUGUAGCUAGUGCAGUGCUUUCAAGUUCAAGACCUGCAGUAAGCAGUUCACACCCGAGCCCAAGUCGUGUAGUUAGUGCGGUAUCUUCAAGCUCAAGUCAAGUAGUUACUCCAGCAUCUCUAAGCGCAAGUCCAGCAGUUAGUUCGGCGCCUUCAAGCUUGAGUCCUGCUGUUAGUAUGGCACCUUCAAGUCCAGCAGUUACUCUUGUAUCUUCAAGCUCAAGUCCUGCAGUUAGUGUGAUGCCUUCCAGCUCAACUUCAGCAGUUACUCCAGUCCAUUCAAGCCCAAGCUCUGUUAUUAGUACGGCAUCUUCAAGCUCAAGUCCAGCAGUUUUUCCAGCAUCUUUAAGCUCAAGUUCUGUAGUUAGUGCAGUGCCUUCGAGCUCAAGUCCUGUGGUUAGUGCAUUGCCUUCAAGCUUAAGUCCUGUGGUUAGUGCAAUGCCUUCAAGCUCAAUUCCUUUAGUUAGUGCGACGCCCUCAAGCUCAAGUGGUAUGAUUAUCCCAGCAUCUUCAAGCUCAAGUUUCUCAGUUAUUCCAGCACCUUCGAGCUCAAGUCCUAUAGAUAGUGUAGCGUCUUCAAGCUCCAGAUCUAUAGUGUCACCUGUACCUUCUAGUUCAAGUCUUGCAGUUAGCACAGCUCCUUCAAGCUCAAGUCCUGUGGUUGGAGCAGCGUCUUCAAGGUCUAGGUCUUUAGCUUUACCUGCAUCUUCGAGUUCAAGUCAUGCUUUUAGUGCAGGUCCUUCAAGUCCUGUAGUUAUUCCGAGCUCAAGCCGUUUUUUCACGCAAGUACAAUCAAGCUCAAACACUGUGGUACCCUCCAGCUCACGCUCUACAGUUACGGCAGCACUUUCAAGCACAAGUCCUGUUAUAAGUGCAGCACUUUCAAGUUCACGCCGUACAGCUAUAGCUUCACUUUCAAGUACAAGUUCUGUUGUUAGUGCAGCACUUUCAAGUUCACGCCGUACAGCUACUACUGUACUUUCAAACACGAGCCCUUUUGUUAGUACAGCACUUUCAAGCUCGAGUUCUGUUGUUAGUGCAGCACUUUCAAGUACAAGUCCUUUUGUCAGUGAGACACUUUCAAGCUCGAAUCCUGUUGUUAGUGGUGUACCAUCCGUAUCAGUCUCGGCAACUCCCACAGCCUCUUUAACUUCAGGUGCUGCAGGUAGUAGUACAACUUUGAGUUCAAGUCUUAAAGUUUCCCCAACAUCGUCGCGUCCAAUGCUCGCAGGUAGUCCAACUGUUUCAGCGUCGAUCUCUGCAAUUGGACCAGUAAACACAAUGACAAACUCUUUGGUUAGUUCAACGACAUCAAAUACUGUGGCUUCAAAAUCGAUCGUUAUCUCAUCAGCGACCACCGCGAGAAAACCAACUCCUUCAUCUUCACAGGUAGUGACUGAACAACCACUUGUUUAUGAAAAUGAGACCGUUGUUGUCGUGUUUGAUGGAGAUUGUAACUACGUCAAGAGCAACAAAGAUAGGGAGAACGAUUUUCGAGAGGCGGUGCAGAUGGAAGUAUCCAGUAAACUUAGGAUUCCAAGAUCGGCAAUUGUGAUGGGGAAUAUUACAUGUGGUUCAAUUCGAGUUCCUAUGACUAUUCACCAAUCAGGUGGAUUAAAAAAUGUGGUACAAGUUUUAAAGAAAAUUGUCGACAGCGGAAACUUAAGUGUAACUCUGGGAGAAAAAAAGUUCAAAGCGAGUAAGUUGGAAGUGGUUCGUCCCACGUCACCAGUUACACAGGCCCCAACAACCGAAGCCAAGAGCAAUAAAAUUGCGUUUUAUCUUUACAUAGGAUUUGGUACCUUGAUGGCUGUUGUUUUCUUCGUCGGCAUCUGUGUGCUUAUUUUCCGAUGUCGCAAGGAUCGACGUGAGGGAAGCUUUUUCCUUACUAACGACACACAUUAUGAAUUAAGGCGAUUUCAUGGUAUCCCUCGUGCGAGUUCCUACUCCAGGGUGAACUACUAUGGAGAACCUGUGGAAAUGGAUGCGACAGCUGCUGAUCCCAACGCUGAUGAUGAAUUUAAAGUUGGAGCGUAUUCUUUCAAUAGGUCACCUGCUAGAGGCCGCGGUAAACUAACUGGCACAACCAAUGGUGAUGCUCAUCAACAAGAUAAAUUUAAUGUCGGUGCAUUGGGUAUGCCAGAGUGGAACCUUCCAAGGCUGUCGGACAAUCAAAUGACUGUUGCUGAAUCUAAAGAAGACAUUCCCAGGUCAGCGGGGUCGGUUGGAAGUCGUCAACUUUUGAUAGAUAGUCAGGAGAGUUCCUUGGCUGAUUCGGCGCAGGCUUAUGAUAAUCCUGUUCUUACCUUUGGCGAUGGUCCGCAAGAGUUAAGUAAGGAAGAAAAUCAGAGCUGA